AUGCAUUCCAAGUCGCUUUAUCUCCUCGCCAUUACCGCGGGCGCUAGCCUUACAUCCGCCUUCCCCCAGCACUUCCCAGUGCUUCGUCGUGUAGUCGAUAAGUUAAAUGAGGAAGCCACCCGGGAAGCUCAUCAACGAGAUGAUACUGCCACCCGUGCCUUCUCGAGCGUUACAAUCAACACCGCUGAUGGAAAGUGCCUGUUCGUUGACCCUCUAUCUGGCGACUUCAGAGCCAACCUUUUGCCUGUUCAGAUCAAGGCUUGUGAUGGAAGUGAUGGCCAGAAGUGGGAUAUCAUUACUGCUGGAAAGCACAAUGAUAAAGCAGGAACAAUGCUGGUUGUCAGUGCUUUGACUCAAGGCUGCCUUAACUACGAUCCUCGCCGACAACCAGGAGAUCAAGUUAACAUCUUCUCCUGUGGUGGCCGUGCAGCUGGUGAAGGCACUGUGACCAAUUCUCAAUUGUUUUCCUUUGCUGAAGUCACCGAUGGCCCACUUUCCAUACAACCCUUGAACGAAGCUGGCACAUGCUUCACUUCUUCCGGCGCCCGUCUAGACAAAAUCGGCUGCGAUACAGCUGAUGAACUUCAAUCCUUUACCUUCGGUGGUGCAGUAGGCGGCAACGAACCAGAAGAUCCAGCACCAGCGCCAGCACCAACUACAACCGUUCCGAAUAACAAUAUCCCAACCGUAGCACCUCUCCCCACCGAUGGUUUCAGGACUAUCCCGGCACCAAUCACCACUGGUGGCGGUGCUGGUGGUAGCGUUCCCGAGCCAACUGUCGAGCCAACACCUACAGAUGAUGGGGAGACUACACCAGAGCCUACUGAGACUGAGGCUCCUACUGAGACUGAAGCCCCCACCGAGACCCAGCCACCUACUGAGACUCAACCACCUACUGAGACGGAGACUCCUUCACCAACUUCGCCAACUACUGGUGACGAUGAAGUCGUCGAGCCUACCCCUACUCCUACUCCCACCGGUGGCGCUGGAAAUGGUGGUGCUGUCGGUGGUGGAAACGGCAAUGGUAACGGCCGCGACCGCGGAAACGGACGUGGAAACCGUGGAGGCAACCGCGGAGGCAACCGUGGAGGCAAUCGUGGAGGCAAUCGUGGAAACAACCGUGGAAACGGAAACGGACGUCAAAACGGCCGCAAUCGUGGAAAUGCGAAUGGACGUAAUCCUAACGGCCGUGGUCGACAGGCAGCUAAAGAUUGCAAGGACAAGAAAGCAACAGCCGGGAGGGCCUAA